AUGAAGUGGCUAUGUCCUGUCAUCAUUUUUAGCUUCAUUCUCUUUGAGACCUUUCCAGGACACCAUAUUGAAAACGAGGUGACAGCACACCAUGAGGACCAAAUGAUUUAUACCGAAGACAGUGAUGGUUUAGAUUAUAUUGUUAAACAUAAAAAAGGUUCACAUUUAAAGAGGUCUUCAUACACGUCGUGGGGUCGUUGGAGUCCGUGUCAGGGCGGGCAUAGGACCCGCCGACGACACUGCUUACGUCGACACAUAUGCGGAGACUCGCUUCGCAUAGAAAUCGCUAGGUGCAAAGAAAGAAAACAUCGACCGCGGAACAAUCCAUCACAAGAAGCGCUAACAGAAAGAAAUGUUACAAUACAAGUACGACAGCUGAAGGCCGAGGACGUGCAGAAGAGGUUCCGAGGAUUCUCGCAGUGGAGCUCGUGGAGCUCCUGCUCUAGAAAAUGUACUACGGUCAGACGGAGGCACUGUUUACGACGAGCGAUAUGCGGUCGACAAGUGAUACGGCAGUCAGCGUACUGCUACAUGGAAGGCAGUUACUGCCACCAUUGGAUUCGAACCAGGAUGCAGAGGAGAAAGGACCCAGGAUAUUCAAGUUAUUCAACAGAACAGUUUAUGGCGGCAACUCCAGCCCCUGCAAUACAUCCUCAAGACUCCCGAGCAAGUCCACCAACGCCCCCUUGUGGGAGAGUAGGCCGGUAUCGGGGGUCUGCGUCUGCGCGUCUUCGACAGCGCAUGCGUGAUAUGGUGCGCAUUAUUGGUGGACGGCCCGCGCCACCUGGCAAAUGGUCCUGGCAAGUCGCUGUACUAAACCGAUAUAAGGAAGCAUUCUGCGGCGGCACCCUCGUCUCACUCCGUUGGGUUGUGACGGCGGCACAUUGCGUGCGCAAACGCUUGUACGUGCGGUUGGGCGAGCACGACCUGCUACUCAGGAACCGCGGCGAGGUGGAGAUGAAGGUCACGGAAGCCGUCAUACAUCCUCGCUAUGACCCUGACACGGUCGUCAACGAUGUCGCUAUGUUACGAUUGCCGGAGCCUGCUCGGCCGGAUUUAGGCCAUGGCGUGGCAUGUUUGCCGGCACCCUAUCAACCGUUACCACCCCAUACCUCCUGUGUUAUUUUAGGAUGGGGUAAGAAGAGACCCACUGAUGUCCAUGGGACCAGAGUAUUACAUGAAGCACAGGUAUCAACAAUACAACAGGGAGUGUGCCGCCGUUCAUAUUGGCAGUAUGCCAUAACAGAUGACAUGGUGUGCGCUGGGCGAGGACGUAGAGACUCUUGCGCCGGUGACUCAGGAGGACCGCUACUCUGCAGGGACCGUACUAUGAGAUAUUUCUUACAGGGUAUCACAAGUUUCGGCGAUGGUUGCGGUAAACGGGGCAAAUACGGAAUUUACACGCGGACCGCAGGCUACGUGUCAUGGAUGCGUGACGUCAUGAACAAGAAGUAUUUUGACUGA